AUGCUGUUCGAAGAGGACCCGUCGGUCCUGAUCCAACAUACCGUUGACAACUUCAACAUUGGGCCCGACAAGGCGGCCGUUGCCCGCAUCAAGGAGUCUCUGGCGACGCUGCAGGAGGCGCGGCAGCUGCAGAUCGAGCAGACAGAGACCUCUCUCAAGAAGCUGGCCCGCCAGCUCAACACGCUCGGCUCCCAACACGACGAGCUCGCAGCCAAGCACUCGGCGGCGGCGCACGCCUCGACCAUCUCGGCGCUCGACACGGAGAAGUUCCGCGUGGCCAAGACGGCAUCGGACCUGGAGAUGGAGACAGAGCGGCUCUCGGCGCAGGCGGCAGACCUGUCGGCGCGGCUGCAGGAGCUGGAGCUGCAGGGCGAUGACGGGCCGGCAAGCAGCGAUGGCGGCAGUGGUGGAAACGGCAGCGGCAGCGGCGGCAGCAUGGCGACCGAGGACGAGGUGCUGCUACGGCUCAAGGUGUACCGCAGCCUGGGCAUCGAGCUGGAGCGCGACGGCCGGGAGGGCGAGUGGACACGGGCCGUGGUGCGCAACGACCGCAAGGGUGACGUGCACGUGGUAAACAUGGACAAGAAGUUCUCGCGAUUCUUCUACGCCAACUACUUCUGGCAGACGCUGUGA